GUCGGGCAAACCAAAAGAAAAGACGACGGUUCGAUUCAGCUUCGUUCAGAGCAGUUUUCUCUGCAUAGCACCUGCGUGCCACUAAGCUUGCUGGCAAGCCAUGGAGCCACAGAAUCUGCAGGCUGCAUCCACCUACAUCAACAAUGUACUAUUGGCCAGGGGUCUGUUGAAAAGCGGCCGCCCCAUCGAAUUCGCCAAUCCCGAGGAUGAAGAUGGAGGCUCCGCAGCCACCAUGGGCAGGAUCAUCAAUUUGGUCAAUGACUUGGUCCUGCGCAGAGAUCGCGAAGCCGAACACCGCGAGAGCCUCGCAACUACGAUCAGGACUCUGCGAGCGGAGGAGUCUCAGAGAACUGCGGAACUGGACAAGUUCAAGGCGAAGGCAUCCGAACUCACACGAUCGUUGGCUUUGGCUGAGGCGCAAGAACGAUCCUUGAAGGCCACCAUUUCAGGGGCUGAGGCGACUAUCCGAGGACUGAAGGAGCAAGUGCAGCGAAUGAGAGCCACCAUCCAGCAAGUUAGAGCUCAAUGCGCCAAUGACAUUCGCAAGCGCGACUCCGAGAUGCAGAAGCUCAAGAUGCACCUGGCAGAGCGACAACGAGGAAGGAGGGAUGGACUGACAGUCACAACCAUCAAUAUCAACCCGACCACCGGCCAGCGUCCGCGUCCAAGAUCUAUCGCUGGUGGCGAAGGUCUGAGCGAUCCCGGUUAUAGCCUGAAGCAAGAAACCAACGACUUCUUGACCGAGCUCUGCCAGAAUUUGAGCGACGAGAAUGACACCCUUAUCAACCUAGCCCGAAAAACAGUCGAGACUCUCAAGGAUUUGCAGGGCUUGUCGUCUACAGAGGAGGAGGAAGGCGGUCUCGCCGGCACGAUGAGCCUCAGGGCUCCUAGGUUGUCCCAUGGCUCGGUCACUAGUCUUCCGGCCUCGUGCGACGAGCUAUCCGCCCAGAUGGACCGCGUACUCGAUCAUCUCCGAACUUUGCUCACCAAUCCUUCAUUCGUACCGCUUGAGGAGGUCGAAGUGCGCGACGAAGAAAUAAAACGUCUCCGCGAAGGCUGGGAGAAGAUGGAGGGCAGAUGGAGUCAGGCGCUGACGAUGAUGGAUGGGUGGCACAGGCGCAUUGCUGAUGGAGGACACUCAGUGCAGGCGGAGGAGCUCCGUCGGGGAAUGAGUCUCAAUUUCCGCUUGGAUGCAACUCUGAGACAAGACGAAGAAGAAGAAGAUAACGAUCAGGCGGCCAUGCAGUCACCUGUCCUCGAGGAUCGGCCGGCUAAGGAAGAAGAAAAAGAGGAGAAAAAAGCACCAUCCGCCUCCAGCAAGACUAAUCGCGCCUUGUCUGAUCGAAAGAUCAAGCCACCGUCAGGAGAAAUCAAAGUGAAGAAGAACAACAAAGCUUUGAAGGAGAAAAGCGACAAUAUCAUGACAGGACGAUCGCCUCGAAAGGUUUCAUUCACGCCCGGGCUUCAGAAUUCACCCAAUACUGUCUCGCAACCCGAAGAUGAAACCGCCCCAGUAAAAGCUCACCGCUCUAAGAUGGUGACGCGCAGGACAGCCAAGGAAAAGACCGAGUCUAAGGUUGCUUCUCCUCAAAGCUCCAAUCCAACGCGAAUGAGUGUGCCACAGAAGCUAGCCGCAGUAGAAAACGAGGCUCGGGCUGCCGAGCAAACACGUAAGGAGAACGAGAGCCGCAAACGCAGCCGGAAUCUCAAGGGUUCUAGCAAAGCGCAACGUGACCGGCGCAGAAGCACACUGACCAGUGAUGAACUCGGAGAGCUGCUGGGAAUGCCUUCGAGAUGAGCUUACGGCUGACUGCAAUGUCCGAUGAUGAAACUGUUCGAUACCCCUGUCUACUGUCUGAGUGUAUAUCAUUCUUUGUUUACUUUUUUGGUGCGCGGUGCGCAAGCGCUGAGCCCCUAUACGAGGUCAUGAUUCUCAGGUGUCUUCUGAGCAGUAUACUAAUUAGUC